AUGGUUUCCGCGCGGGACACGCCAUACACCGUGACCAACUCGUUCAAGAGGGGUUUGCUCAUGAAAACCUAUGCGCGGCCGCUACGGCGCGUGCUCUAUCCUGAAUCGCGUCCUGACCCGGCCCUGAAGAAACGCCGCAUAACGAGCACUCCGAGCGAUAACAACGACAAUAGCCAUGAUAAUCACAUACAGCCGCCUCGUAUAGAGGUACUGGGAGACGUUGGGAGUGAGAACAACCUGGUCUGCGCGAUACGUGAGUCUUCGGCCGCCAUUCUAUCCAGCCCGUCGCGUCACACGUCCACCGCAGCCACCGUGUAUUCGGAAGAUAUUCCAGAGCUGGACGACGACCUGUCGACACCUCCCAGCUCGCCGCCGCCGCGUGAACACGAGUCCGAGAGGGUAAAGCUGAAAUUGGCAUUGACUCCACCGCCCACGAGUAGCAGGAAGCCUACGUUCGGAUUUCUGAAACGCAAGAGGUCUGCGCACGAUACGCCGUUGACGGAGCUAGAAGUUAACGGCGGGAGUGCCAGCAUGAGAUCCAUGGACCCGCCGGCCAAGAAGAGACAGAUAUCUCACCCUUCGCAAUCGUCUACAUCUACCUCUACGCCGGCAACGUCGACGGCUACCCCCCGCCCCGUCCUCAAACAGACACAGCUCGACCUAGGUGUAGGGCCCAGCACAUCCCGCAAGACAUGUCCGUCCUGCAGCAUGCAGUACACUCCCUCGUCGGCCGAAGACAGCGCCCUACACCGCAAAUAUCACGACCAGCACUCCCAGCAUGCAUCAGGCGUUGAUUUCGGCAAGUCCUUUGUCCGCGCAAACGCUUCCCGAUGGGUAUACGAGGCCUCGCGCUUCGACGAGGGAUACGUCGUUAUCGUGGACAGAAAGAGUUCGGCUGGCUCGAAGAACCAGGCCCGUCGUGUGCUGGAGGUGGCCAACACCGACCUGGGUGCAGCAGAUAUCGAGGACAGCAUUCUAUGGGGCAAAGUCGAGGGCAAGGAUGGUGGGGAAGAGGCAGAUCGCUUCAAGUUCUUCCUACAUAUGAAGGACAGUAAAUGCGUGGGCCUCGCUUUGGCAGAGCGCAUCUGGGAAGCCCACGGCAUCACGACGAGUCCCUCCAAGCGCAUCACCUCCUCGCCGACGAGCAUCAGCAGCUCCCUAACGCUUACGAAGGAAACGUACCCGGCUCUUGUUGGGAUAUCACGCAUCUGGACCUCGCGAUCCUCUCGCCGGAAGGGAAUAGCACUCGACCUCCUCGACUGCGUGGUGAGCAACUAUUUCUACGGGAUGGAGAUGGCUCGCACACAGGUAGCCUUCAGCCAGCCGACAGAGAGCGGGUGUGCGUUGAUGAAGACGUUUUACGGCGAUAGCGACUGGAGGGUGUAUACGGGGAGCUGUUAG